AUGUCCGAAUAUGAAAGCUUAGAACACAUGCAAAUAGUCCCUGAAUCUCAACCUGAACCUCAACCUGUGUAUUACCUUCCCCAUCAUGGAGUUAUGAGAGAGCACAGUCUCACCACCAAACUCCGGGUUGUUUUCAAUGGUUCCAGUCGAACUACCUCCGGCGUAUCGUUAAAUGAUCUUCUUCACACAGGAGCAAAACUCCAAACAAAUCUAUUUGAUGUUCUCGUGUGGUUCAGUAAAUUUCAUUGUGUCUUUGUCUCUGAUAUGGAGAAGAUGUACAGGCAAAUCAAGGUUCAUCCAGAAGAUUGGAAAUUCCAACGUAUUCUGUGGUUCAAUCAGAGCAACUGUCUUCGUACAUAUGAACUAACUACCGUCACAUAUGGACUAGCUUGUGCUCCUUUUUUGGCACUUCGUACUUUACUUCAACUUAUUGAAGACGAAGGUCAAAACUUUCCUCGUGCCAUUCCAUCGUUGACAAAAGGGCGAUAUGUCGAUGAUGUAUUUGGAGGCGCAGAUUCCAUCGACGAAGUUUAA